AUGCGAUUUUUGGUGGCGGCCUCGUCGAUUUUUUGUGUCAUUCUUUGUUUGGCGCAAGCGGCGUCGGCAAAAUCUCAACAUCAAACGAAACACGAGAAAUGUCUGAGAAUUACUCAUGAGAUGUGCAAUGAUUUGCCCUAUAAUAUGACGAGGUAACAAUCAUUUUUUUGGCGCCAAAAUUUGAAAUUGUUUAGAUGGAAACCCCAUAUUCUUCUCAUUUUUUCAAAACCAUAAAAAAUGUUUCUUAUAAAAACGCAACACCAAAUGUUAUUGUUAGGGGUGCGUUGACUAUGCCCCAAAAAGUGUAAUAAAUCAAAAACAUGUCGAAAAAUGCGCAGCAUACGGUUGUCACCAAACAGAUGUGCGAAAAAGUCACAAAAAAGACGGGGAACGAAUAUUUCAAAAGCCUGUUAGAGGCCUAGAAGCCUAGUCUAAAAGCAUAAGCCUGAUAAUUUAAGCCUAGAAUCCAAACCUCAUAAUUCUCAAUCCACCCAAACCCUACACACCAAUCAUUUUUCCACCCGCUUCCCAAAAAUCCAGUAGUUGAUCCUCAGAAAAUGAUAAAUGUGUUUAGUUCAAGUAAGGAGGAGCUCUUUCUAGUGUUUUUUGUUCUGCUCUCCGAGCACACAAAAAAGUUGCAAGGAAGAACAAAAAAUAGGAUAGAAAGCAGAAAAGAAGAAGAGACGAGUGAUAUAUGGCACUUUUUCUAACAAAAUGUCAUUUUUCACUUUGGCAAAAAGGAUUUGGGAAGAAGGAGAAGCUGAAGGAAAGAGGAUAAGACGAAACUAUAGAUAGAUAACGGGGUUCGCAAGUUUACUGAAAAAUACAAUUGCGCUCUAUUGUCAAUUCUGUUCAAAUACAUACAGUCCUAACUAUCAACAGAGCACACUUUAUAGAUUUGAAUUUGAGAACAUAUCCAACGUGAGAAAAGGGAACUUGAAAAGAAAAAUUGAAGUUCGCUCUAUUGAUAAACAUCCAAAUUGCUAGAGCGCAUUUAAAGAGACAAAAACCAUCCAAAAUUCAAAAUUUCCAGUUUCCCCAACUUGGUGAACGAAGAAACAAUGAAAGAUGCAUCGGAAUCAAUCGCCACCUACAAACCUCUUUUGUCUGUAGUUUGCUCCGAACAGCUCAAAUUCUUCCUAUGCUCCGUGUAUUUUCCAAUGUGCAAUGAAAAAUUGGCGCAACCCAUAGGACCAUGUCGACCACUUUGUUUAUCGGUCAAAGAAAAAUGUUUGCCGAUACUACAAGGCUUCGGAUUUACAUGGCCUGAUGUGAUUCGAUGCGAUAAAUUUCCGUUGGAAAACAAUCGGGAGAAAAUGUGUAUGAAGGGACCAAAUGAGCAGGGAACAAUUGAAAAAGAGGAGAGAGCUGGAAGAUAUUUGGAGGAUGGAAGUAGUAGAGAAGUUGUCGUAAGUUUUUCGGGCCUCCCGGUUUUUUAUGACCAAAACUCAUUAGUCAAAAAAACGCAUGUCAAGGUAAAAAUUUACGGAACCCUAAAAGAAACGGAUGAUUGAUUACCAAAGAUUUUCAGAUAACAAUCAUCAUUAUAUCUAAUUACACGAUAAAUAGAAAAGAAAAUGUGUGAAAACAAAACAAAUCUUUUUUUAGGAUUACAACAGUUUUUUGCUGAAAUCCCAUGGAAUUUGUCCAAAUGGCGAAGUUUUUAUCAAUAAAACUGCGAAAUGUGUUCCGUUGUGUGGAAAUAAUGCGAUUGCACAAAACGAACGAGAAUCUGCUACCAAAUUAUUAUUGUUUUUGGCGUCGAGUUCGAUUAUUUUGACAUUUUUGUCUAUUUUCAUCGUUUUUAUCUCGAAAUUUGGGGCUUUGGGAAGUCAGACAGAGAUUUCGAUGUUUUUCGCGUCGAUUGCUUUUGCUGUCAGCUCAUUGAUUUAUGUUUUCAGCGUCAGUUUCAGAGAACAGGUUGGUUUUAAACAUUUGUUGGGAUUCAUUGGUCGUUUACGAGCUACAGUACCCAGUGAACAUUACAAAAAAUAUAUGACCAGAUUCUCAACCCAAAUCUAAUUUCAGAUCUCAUGCACUGAUUACACUAAUCACUUGCUUUUCAUUGUUGGUGGAAUGUAUCAUGCACCAUGUUCAUCAAUCGCAAGUCUAAUCUAUUAUUUCUCAACAGCCGCUCGUAUUUGGUGGUUUAUGGUGUGCUUUUCGUGGAAUCGCCAAGUACGAUUCAAUGACGUGGCAUCACGUAUUCAAAUGUUGGUAUGGGGUUUGCCGUUGGCACCUUUGAUGUUGGCCUUGUUGGCAAAAUCGAUUUCCGCAAAUCCGUUAACUGGAAUUUGCCUUGUUGGAACUGCAAACUCGGUGAGUUUUGAAGGAAUUUUUGAAAUUUAAAUUUAAAAAAAAAGAAAAUCGUGCAUUUUCUAGUAUGUCGAUUGGGUUUUCAACUUUUCACGUGAUUUGAUUUUCUUUGUGUUAUCAACAAUUUCGAUUUUCUCCUCUUGUUGUCGACUUUUUGGACAAAGUUCUGCCUUUGAAAGUUCGUUGGAAAUUAAUGGAUUUGCUGGACUGAUUGGAGCGAUUUUCCCGAUUUCAUCGCUGUUUUAUAUGUAAGUGGUUUGAAUUUUAGAUAAAGUGAUUCUGAAAUUCUCAACUUUGCCAUGUGGCUUUUUAAAAACAAUGCUUCAUAUUUUUUAGUCUCUCCUUCAUCAAUGAAUCAUCCUCGCAAUCAAAUCAACAAAAUUGGUCACGGACUUUUAACACAAUUUCUGCGAUCAAAUAUAAUUUCGACCUAAUUUUAUCGCUAAUCAUGUGUGCACUAUGUUUUGUAUAUUUGCUUUCAAGAGUAGCAAGAUCACCGUGAGUCACAAUCAAAAAUGACAAAUUUUGCUCAAAAAAUCACAAAACUGAAAAUCAAUAUUUUCAGCUCAAAAGUGUCAAAAGAAGGAUAUCAGCCAGCAAUUCCAAAAAUCCCAACUCCUGCUAUUCCAGGAAGUGUCAGAUCCAAUACAUAUGCAUCGACUUUUAGAAAUCAGACUAACUUGAUUUGA